AUGGUCUCUGAAGAUGAUGACUGCAAUUUCAAGCUUGCUGACUUUGGUUUGGCUACCGAAGUAAAUGGCGCACUUACGCUUAGAUGUGGAUCCCCUGGAUACACGGCUCCUGAAAUUCUCAGAAAAUGCUCAUAUGGGUUAAAAGUAGACGUUUUUAGUACAGGAGUUAUUUUGUAUAUACUGCUUUGUGGGAGAAUGCCAUUUUGGGGCAAGACUAAUCAAGAAAUCCUUCAAAAAAAUCGAGACUGUAAAAUUUCAUUUAAGCAUGAGCCUAAGCGAAAUAUUUCUAAGUUUGCAUGCGCUUUCAUUUUGAGAUUGACAGAACCAUUACCAAAGCUCAGGCCUUCUGCAAGAGAUGCUCUAAAGGAUCCUUGGUUUGAGUCUCUAUCAAGCCCAACCCUCUCUCAGCAAAGCUAG